UUUCCAAAAAAAAAAAAAAAAAAAAAACUUGCAACGGUUUGUUUCUUUUUCUUAUAUGAAGGAAGCUAAUCCUUUACAAUGGACACCAUCGUCAUCAGCGCCUCGGCCGUCGUUCAUCGACCUUCUCAAAUCGCUCGCUCGACGCUCUAAACUCCUGCUCUUCUGCGCCGCCUUCCUCGUCUUCCUUUUCUUCUCUUGUUCGUUUUUAGAUGUUCCUAUCGGAUUCGGGAUUGAUGAGUAUUGGGAACAAUGGACGACAAGCAAUCCUCGAGAUCUAUUAAGAGGGAUGAGGGAGGGAGACGAGGAGGUGCCGGAGUACUGUUACGACCCAUACCGUUUACCAGGAUAUGUAGAGCGCUCGGAGCUGCCGGAGGGGCCGAUCAGCAGUGUGAGCUGGAACGCGAAUGAUCCUAGUGCUCGGGGGCGACGGCUAGCGCGACCGAACGGGGUGGAGGGAUCAGCGCGGCUGACGAUCCCGACGCUCUCGGCCCAACUGCUGGCGAAUCCACAGGCCUCGGAGCUGGAGUUCCUGCGGAAUCGGACGGUGGUCUUCAUCGGCGACUCGUUGGACCGCAACGAGGUCUACCAUCUCGCCCAAGAAACCUUCGGCCAGACGUCCCAUCGGUUCUUGAUGCCCCAAGAUCUCCCUCUCAUCCACUCCCCCGCGCACCAUUCCCAUCGGAUCGGAAUCGGCGCCCACCCCGAGCUCGGCUUCUCGAUCGCUAAUUGGUUCCUCAUGAGCGUCGACAUCGACCUCCCUACAACGCCCUUCUUCCAUCCCGACGAAGAUCCGCCGCAGAACUUCGAGGCCCGCUUCGAGAAAUUCUACGAACCUUUGAUCUACAAUCACUCGGAGAUUCUGACUCCUGCGCCCGAUCUGGUCGUCUUUAAUUCCGGCCUCUGGGAUCUCGUGUUCCUCUCUAAUCGCAAAGAUUAUCAAAUCAAUCAGAACCGGACCCAGGGGAUCAUGUCUAAACUGCAAGUCACGGGCCACGAGCUGCUAUCGAAAUCGGAAAUCGAACUGCAUUCGAAUCGGUUCAAGAAGUUCUUGAACAAACUGGUCUUUGAUACCUUCAAUAAGCAAACUGGAGAUAAGGGAACCACUCGAUUUGUGUACCGGACAAUGCCCGACUCCUCGUUGACGCUGGCCAAAGAUAACGCCAUGUCGCGCAAACGCGUCCGCCAAAUCGACCGGCUCAAUCUGCAAUUGAUCCUCGACUUCAAUCGCUUCCAGCAGCAACAAAACCUCCCCACAUUCAUCGACGUCCUCGAUUGGAAGUGGGUCUCGAAUCAGCUCCUCGAUGAGCUCAUCGACCUCGUUCAUUUCGGACGCGGGGCCGCUCAAUGGCUGUAUGGAGACAUGGUGUUGUAUUAUUUACGAAGACAUGUGAUUGAGCAAGAGAUCCAGACGAGGCGAAGGAAGGGAGAGCGGAGGAGGAGGGAGGAUGGUCGGCUCGGGGGCGCCAAGACGGGCGGCCUGCAAGAGACAAGCGCGUUGGCCGCCAGUCUGGUCUGGAAAGACUGUCGCAGAUUCGCCCAGCUCGUUUCUAGCCUCAAUUCGUCCUCGGCCGGCGUCGGCUCGGGAUCUUCUUUCAAGCUCCCCUUGUCGAGAAGCUUGUUUCAUUCUUCGCUUUGAGUUGAUCGUUCCAAUUUCUUCUGCUGCUUCUUCUUCCCUGUUGUUGUUGUACAUUGUGCUGUUUUUUUUCGAUCCGUUUGGUACGAGUACGGGUUUGUUCAUCUUCCUUUCUCCUUAACUUUUUUUUUUCUGUAAUGCAUGCCGUGAAAUUAUUACUUUCACUUGUUAAUUCCAAUGUUUGGCCUUUUCCUUUUCCUUUUUCCUUUUUUUUGGUGGUGGUGGAUAGUAAUGGACCCUCCAUAAGUGCAUGUAUAUCUUAACCAUAUAUACAUACGUAAACCCUUCUGAAAA